AACAUGGCAAAACGUGUACAACCGACGUGGCAAGCACCGGAAGAAAAACCCGGCCCAAAGCUACACCUGUACAACAGUUUAACCCGCCGGAAAGAACCGUUUGUGCCGCGCGACGGUCGAAAUGUGCACUGGUACAGCUGCGGCCCAACCGUGUACGAUGCGUCCCAUAUGGGACAUGCCCGGUCGUACAUAAGUUUCGACAUUUUGCGCCGUGUGUUGAGUGAUUACUUCGGGUACAACGUGCUGUACGUGAUGAACAUUACCGACAUCGACGAUAAGAUUAUUAAGCGCGCACGCCAGAACUACCUGUACGAGCAGUAUCUGGAACGGGCCAAGGAUAUGCCACUGGAACGGUUGCUAGACGAUAGCAGGGAGGUGAUGGCAACGUUCCGGGCGAAUGUUGGACGUACGACCGAUGCGGACAAAAAGACAAUGAUGGACCGUAUGCUGGAGAAGCUAACAGUGGCCGUGGACAAUCUUUCGCUCGCGGUGAAGGAAGGCGAUGACGGUCGGAUUCGGCAAGCGCAGGAUCAGUUUCUGCAGGAUUCAAAGGAUCCACUGGCGGAUCUGCUCGAUAGUAAGCAGGGUUCGUCGGUAACGGAGAACGCAAUCUUUGAAACGUUACCACGCUAUUGGGAGGAUGCGUUCCACAAGGAUAUGGCAGCGCUCAACGUGCUCCAACCGGAUGUCCUGACACGUGUCAGUGAGUAUGUGCCGCAAAUCAUCACGUACAUUGAGAAGAUCAUUGCGAACGGAUUGGCGUACGAAGCGAAUGGGUCGGUGUACUUUGAUGUGGCUGGGUUCGAUCGUCGGGAGCAGCAUCAUUACGCGAAGCUAGUUCCGGAAGCUUACGGUGAUGCGAAACAGCUGCAGGAAGGUGAAGGAGACCUGAGUGUUGGUGCGGAUCGGUUGACGGAGAAACGAUCGCCGAAUGAUUUCGCACUGUGGAAAAGCAGUAAGGCUGGUGAACCUUGGUGGGACAGUCCUUGGGGUCAUGGACGACCCGGAUGGCACAUCGAAUGUUCCGCGAUGGCAUCGGACAUUUGCGGCGAUUAUCUGGACAUCCAUACCGGGGGCGUUGACUUGAAGUUCCCGCACCAUGAUAACGAGCUGGCACAAAGUGAAGCGCAUGAUGGAAGUGCCGAGUGGGUGAAGUACUUCCUCCAUACCGGCCAUCUUACGAUCGCUGGUUGCAAGAUGUCGAAAUCGUUGAAGAAUUUCGUCACAAUCCAGCAGGCACUGGAGAAACACACCGCCACGCAGCUGCGACUAGCGUUUCUGCUCCACUCGUGGAAGGACACGCUCGACUAUUCGGACAACACGAUGGAAAUGGCCGUCCAGUAUGAACGGUUCUUGAACGAAUUUUUCCUCAACGUGAAGGAUCUGACACGUCACGUGCAGACUGGUCCGGCCCGGGAUGCGUUCGAUCGGUGGGGAUCGGCGGAAGCGGAACUGCAGCAAAAGUUUGCCGAUGGCCGUGCCGCCAUUCAUGAAGCGCUUUGUGAUAAUGUCGAUACGAGAACUGCGCUGGAUGUGAUGCGAGGGCUCGUGUCCGCAUGCAACGUGUACAUUAAGGCUCACCGAUCGACGGGCUUUAAUGCGCUGCUGUUGCGCCGUGUUGCUAGCUACUGCACGGACCUGUUGCAUACGUUCGGCGCCAUUAGUGCUCCACGUGGUGGUAUUGGAUUCCCGAUAAGUUCGGGAGCGGCUGGUGAGGGAGCUGGAAUGACUGGAGAUCUCGAACAAACCGUUAUGCCUUACCUGCAAGCGUUAGCCGAGUUCCGGAACGCUGUCCGCGAGCAAGCCCGAGGCAUUAAAGCGACCGAAAUUCUGCAGCUCUGCGAUCAGCUACGUGACGAUGUAUUGCCCGGGCUCGGUGUUCGGCUCGAGGAUCGGGAAGGUGCUCCGGCCGCCCUAAAGCUAGUACCUGCCGAAGUUUUACUCCGCGAACGGGAAGCCAAACGUGCCGAAGAGAACCGCAAAGCGGCCGAAAAGGAACGCAAAAAGGCGGAAGCAGCUGCAGCACAGGCCGCAAAGGAUGCCCAGCGUAAGAUCAACCCGAUCGACAUGUUCCGCAGCGAGACGGACAAGUAUUCGGCGUUUGAUGAAGCGACCGGCCUACCGACGCACGAUACCGAAGGGAAGGAAGUGAGCAAGGGUCAGCUGAAAAAGUUGCAAAAGCUGCAACAGGCACAAGAGAAACGCUACCAGGAAUAUUUGGCCUCGAAGGAAUCGAACUAG